AAUACCUGCGGCUGAUCACGGCCACGGCUUGUGAGGUGUCUCUCAGAGAAUAGGAACAGGUUCGAGCGAUGAGCAGAGGGGUUGUCUGGAAGGGGAAGCGCACAGGGUGGGCAGCUGCACUGCAGGAAGUGCCCCUAGGUGUUUUCUGUUUCUCUCCUGGAAAUGCGAAUUGUUAAUUAGGUGCUGCCGUGAAAGUGAGGACGAAGAGGAGGCACUUCCUCCCAGAACCCGUUCACCUUCCAAGUCCGACCCUCUGGAGUUUCGCCUCGGAGUUGGCGCGGACACCUCUCAGGUCGUCGCCGGCAUCUCACCUGCACUCGCCGGACGAUGGAUUUCACGCGCUCGCAGGUUCCCGAGGCGCUUCGGCUUGACGUCGCGGAAAACAGGCGGCGUACGUGCAUCUGGAAGGGUUAGGGGGAGACGGCCGAUGUGGACGGAGAGUGCGCAAGGCCACCUCGAGUUACAGUGCAUGGCCCCCCGCACGAAGUGGUAACGAUCAUGCACAAACCCCUCCGAAAGUGGAGUGUCUACGUGUUCCUGUGUUUUGGCAUCAUAUACCUCAGACUUGGGGCCCUGUCGUCGGUGGUGGCUCUGGGUGCCAACAUCAUCUGCAACAAGAUCCCCGGGCUGGCACCACGCCAGCGGGCCAUCUGCCAGAGCCGCCCGGACGCCAUCAUUGUUGUGGGUGAAGGCGCCCAGAUGGGCAUCAACGAGUGUCAAUACCAGUUCCGAUACGGACGCUGGAACUGUUCGGCGCUGGGGGAGAGGACAGUCUUCGGUCAGGAGCUGCGAGUAGGCAGCCGGGAAGCAGCAUUCACCUAUGCCAUCACAGCGGCGGGGGUGGCCCAUGCUAUCACAGCGGCGUGCAGCCAGGGCAACCUGAGCCAGUGUGGCUGCGACCGGGAGAAGCAGGGGUACUACAAUCAGGAGGAGGGCUGGAAGUGGGGAGGCUGCUCAGCUGACAUCAAGUACGGCAUCGAGUUCUCUCGCCGCUUCGUGGACGCCCGCGAGAUCAAGAAGACCCCGCGGCGCCUGAUGAACCUGCAUAACAACGAGGCAGGGAGGAAGGUUCUAGAGGAGAGGAUGAAGCUAGAAUGCAAGUGCCAUGGCGUCUCAGGUUCCUGCACCACGAAGACCUGUUGGACCACACUCCCCAAGUUCCGCGAGAUUGGCUACGUACUCAAGGACAAGUACAACGAAGCCGUGCACGUGGAGGUCGUCCGGGCUAGCCGACUGCGACAGCCCACCCACCUCAAGGUGAAGCAGACUCAGGGCUACCGCAAGCCCAUGGAGACAGAUCUCGUCUACAUCGAGAGGUCACCCAACUACUGCGAGGAGGAUGCAGCCACAGGGAGCGUGGGAACCCAGGGACGCCUGUGCAACCGCACUUCACCACACACAGAUGGCUGCGACCUCAUGUGCUGCGGCCGGGGCUACAACACACACCAGUACACCAAAGUGUGGCAGUGCAACUGUAAAUUCCAAUGGUGCUGCUUCGUCAAGUGCAACACAUGCAGUGAGCGGACGGAGGUGUUUACCUGCAAAUAAGGACUUGAGGAACUCAGUGCCAGUGAUUGAGGCGCCAACCACAAGCUGAAUGAGGAAGACCUGGGAGAGCGAGAGAAAAGUGUGACUUGGAUCAGUGAGAGAUUUUGACAUAAAAGGAAUGGAAUUUACACUAUCAGCUCUUCAUGGCAUCGUUUUGCACAGCAGAAUCUUAUCUAAUUGCUUUUCGGAAAGUAAAUGCUAAAUAUCAGUAGGUAAUACCCCAGAACUUUACUGUCACAUAGAGGUUAUGCUCAUGUUCUGAUGUAUCCACAGUGAAGUUGGGACUACAGGAAAUGAAUGACGCCCUCCUGGGGACUGUGCACUCUGGGAUUUUCAACUGUUAAUUUCUCAAGAGACUCGUGCAUGGAGAGGAAAUGCAGUAACCCGGGAGUAGAUCGAAAAUGACAGCAGCUGAUGAGGGGGGACUGAGAGAGAUUUGUUAAGUCUUAAUUGAAAACUUUUAAGGGUUGUGUCGUACUUUCACUAAAGGGGAGCAAAAGUGAAUCUUGACAUGAAUCAUCCCCCAAACUGUUUGGGGCUUAUGUUGGAGGUUUGCAUGAAUGAAGAACAUUUUGUAAGUAUGGUGCGUUGGGGUGCGCCAAAAUCUAAGAGGAGAACUCUGUUAAACCCUCUGCUGCCAACUGGAAUAUGGUGGAGUAUGUUAGUUUUCCAGUCACACUGGAACUGUCUGUUCUGAACACUGAAAAUAAAUUGUUUAUUUAUGUUAUAGUAUCUUAAAACGAAGCACUAACGGGUAGAGAUGUCUUUUUUUGUACUAAGUGUAAAGAAAAAUACUUUUUAGUAACUCUGACUGAAGAUGUGUGUGUCUAUUAGAAAAUGACCCGCAAUCCCUAAAACACCCCAUCUUUUCUUUAAAAAAAUGAAAGAAAAAAAAUGGUUUCACGGCUACUGGUGUGUUGACGACAAAAUACAUGAUUACAGUGUUGUAAUCAAUCAUUGGCUCUCUUUUACUGUGGCAUAGAUUGUUUGCAGUCGUCUAUCCUGGAGAAUGGACAUCUAGUCGGACACUUUUGCAAAUUCAGUUAAGAGACAGUAGCAAGAAUAUGCAUUUAGCUGCAGAGGUUCUUCCUCAACUCAUUAAACAUGAAACUGAUAUGUUGCUGGAUGUGUUGUCGAGUGCUGCACUGAUAUUUUCUAUUCAGAUACAACUCACCAGAACUGCAUAAACUCCCAUUUGACUUAGUUUGGCAGUUCAUUGCUAAAAUAUCCACUGAGGUUGAAGCUGCAGUCUGCGUAAAGGGGCAGUAAGCGAUUUUGAUCCAAUUAACUUUUUGUAAAAUUCGGCGAGGCCCGGUCAGUACAGUAAAAUCAUCAACAACAAAGAGAGAGAUGAGCUUUCUCCAAAUCGCUUACUGCCCCUUUAAGUUAUACUGGUUGAUUCAUUUUGACAUAUCUGUAAAGCUGUUGUCAGUCUAUACACCCAUUCAUAAAACUGCAGAUGUAACUAAUAAGAAGAGAUUAUUGUGAUUAUUAUUUAGCCUGAUAUGCUGCCAGUCAAGCCUUUAUCAACUUUUUUCACUUAACACAAGGCUGAAGUCCAGUUGAUUAAAAACUGGAUCUGACUCUUUGCAUGUCAUUUGUACCAGUUAUGAUAACAUUGUACUCUCUAAGGGAAAUGCAGAGACCUGGGGAUACCCUGAAGCAGCUAAAUUAGAUAUGGCAAAAAACAGAUGAUGAGAAAGUUGAGAAAGGUUGUAAAAAAAGAAAAAAGUUUAGGCAGAUUAUUUAAAAACCCUUUUGCUGGUAAAGACAAUAGUGUGCACACCCAGAAUGUAGGUAGGUAAAAAUGUACAAUACAUUGUUGCACAUUGUUGGUACAGUAAUAACCAACUAGCUAACUAACUGACUAGUACAGUUGGUCAAAAUUAAACCAGUGUGUCAGCUGUAAUGGAUGUCUACAUGUCUAUAGUCAACAAUUUUACUGUUUACCUUUGUUUUCUCUUCCAAAUAAGUUCAGUUGACGUCCUUUGCGGAGUUGUCUUAGCAUCCCCAGAUCCUUUUUUUUUAAAUUGGUUAGUACAAUGCUAUCAUAAUUGAUAGGAAGGAUGGCUGGAACUUGAGCUGGAAAAAUGAAUUGGGUGCUGUAAAAAAUUCCUGACGAACAACAGUAACUCUGCGCAGCAUCUCAGUUGCUGAUGACAAGACUCCAGAAAAUGUGUUCCUCAAUGUUGUUCUCCAAGAAAUUCAAGCAUUAAAAUCCCUAUAAAACCAUA